UUUAUAAGCACAUACAUAUAUAUGCAUGUUAUAGAUUGAGGCAUCACAAUGACAAAUUCAAAGGGAUACCGUAGAGGAACAAGGGACUUAUUCUCCCGUAAAUUCCGAAAACAUGGAACAAUUCCUUUGUCUACAUAUAUGAAAGUAUACAAAGUGGGUGACAUAGUGGACAUUAAAGGUAACGGAGCUGUUCAAAAGGGAAUGCCUUACAAAGUUUAUCAUGGAAAAACUGGCCGUGUAUUCAAUGUAACUCCCCAUGCUCUUGGUGUAAUUGUCAACAAGAGAGUCCGUGGGAGAAUCAUUGCUAAGAGAAUUAAUGUUCGUAUUGAACAUUUGACUCAUUCCAAGUGCAGAGAAGACUUUUUAAAACGAGUAAAGGAAAAUGAGAAACUUAGGAAAGAAGCAAAGCAAAUGAAUACUAAAGUUCAGCUGAAGAGACAGCCUGCCGAACCUAGGCGUGCACAUAUUGUAUCAGGACGUGAAAAUCCAAUUCAGCUUGCACCUAUCCCUUAUGAGUUUAUUGCUUAAAAUUUAAAUAAACAGAUUUUGAAAAGAUGAAA